AUUUUGCAGAAUACUGCUGAGCACGGGCAACAGGAGCUGCUUUUGCGUUACCUAAUGCUCCUCGGCACCAGGCGUGACCAACGGGGACUCCUCCUUCAAGCGCAUAGAAACACCUUCUCAUCUUUGGGAUUUUGGUCGACUCACCUCCUGCCCCCUAAUCUCCUCUCCUUAUUUUUUUUUUCUUAUUUUUCUUCCUACGAGAAAUGAUGAAGCAUUUUUUUUCCAAAACGCAUGAGCCUAGAAGUGGGGGAGCUUCCUCGGGAGCCGAGGCGCAAGACCAAAGCGAUCAAAGGGAGCGAUGGGGGAAAACUUUGAGAACUUUAUAAAGGGAUGAACUGUCGUUCUCCAGAGAAGAGCUCUUUCAUCCAAAUGAUUUCUCCUCAAGAGGAGUCCAAAGAUAUGACCAAAGGCAGUGUCCCCAGGCAGUCCAAUGCCCCGAUCCACACCUACCUUUGUUUCAUCGUUGCUUCUCUGACCCUCUGCCUCCUCGUCGCCUUGGGAACCAUCGUGAUCUUAGCACUUCAACGGACAGGUUCUGUUGCACCGUGCGAUGGACCUCAGAGAGCACCGAUGGACGGAGAGGCCACACGGAGUGCUCAGACCAUGAUGCUCAACAAAGCGAUGGCAUAUCUUCAAGUGUUAAAGCCGAUCAACCAGUCCCAACUGAGGUGGAACAAAGAUGGGCUCCUCUACAACAUCCGGUACGACGAGGGAAACUUGGUGAUCCAGAGUCCCGGCACCUACUUCAUCUAUUGCCACUUGCAGUAUUUCGUUCCCAAGUGCGAAAGCUCUGUGAUCGAUCUCAGCCUGAGGCUGCUGGUCAACAACGUCCCCAUGAAAGAGACGGUGCUCACUCUGUGCAGCUCUCGGGAGACCAUUGUCGGGGUAAACCAUGACAUCUUUGCCGUCCUUAUGAUGGAACUGAAUGAAGGGUCUCGGGUCUCAGUGGAGAUCUCCCCCUUCACCUACCUAGACGCAGACAAUAUCCCUUCAAGCAAUGUCUUGGGCGCCUUCAAGUACAUGGGCGAAGACUGGAAGUGCCCCUUCCUUGGGACAAUAGCUGGAAAAUGUCCUUAAUUUGAACCCCCUGGCCAUUUUAUAUAUUCAAAAUCCAGCUCUAUAAGAAGGGACCACGAAGUCUUCCAUUGCCUCUCCGCUGGAAGACUUAUUGUCCGUUGUGUGUUUCUUUGUUUGACUACGGAUUCGCUUGGGAUGUAGAAAACCCCAAACCAGAACAUCCUUUUGCUCCCCAACGAAUGAAAAAAGCCAUCCAAAGAUAGACUGAACUGACAGAGAAAGUGGAGGGUUGAGAAGGGCAGGCUGAAAGAGACCCUCGGCUCCUGUGUUCUUCUACGCACACCAGAUGAGUAAAUAUGAAAGUUGGCCAUGAAAAUAUGAAUCACUCAGAGGUCCCAUUGAUUGCAAUGGGGGAAAAUCCACAGUGCAGUUCUGUAUCUGUUCUCUAUCUCUAUCUGAGAUAGAUUGCGUGGCGGAGGUGAUGAAUCUGCAUUUGCCAAAUGAGUCUUGUACAGAUACGAGAACUUCCUCCUUCUGAAAUCAAUGGGAUUCAAAGGGGCUUUCUUUGGGUUGGAUCAGGCCCGUCACUUUUGUACACUGGCCGUUCAGUCCUAGGCGCUCAAAAGGGACAGUUUUCCUUGAGCGCCAGGGGACCGACCUCCAAGGAGGUGUGACGCCUGCUGCUUUAGCAAGGAAGCGAUGCUGCAGUCUUGCCCAGGGAUUUAGAACUGAAAGGAAACUCACCUCCAAAUGGGACAUGUGCCAGAAUCGACACAGGAUGUGGCUUCUGAAAAAAAAAAAUCCAGCUUCCGCAUCUUCUGACCACCUGCAGAGAACCCACGGACUCGUUUUUCUCAGCUAGAGAUUUUGACCGAAUAAGCUAAUUUGUGUGUCCAUGUGAAACGCAAUGCUGUCGUAAUGUUCCAGCUGGAAUCCUUUCCGUCUUUAUGUCAGCUCACUGUGGCUAACUGAAGAGGUGCUGGAGCUCAUCCGAGUUAUGAAAUUGCCCAGGCAUGCGACUGGCACGUUUGUGGACAUGUCACCAAUUUGCUUCAAUUAGCAUCAGCAAACCUUACAUAAACAAAUAGAUCUCGG